CCAGCAGCGGCAGUCAGGUGAUGGCCCAAAUGUCCACGGGCUCCCCCUGCUCCCUCAUUUCUCAUUCUCGAGCCGCAACAAGAAGCAGCGAGAAACCCAGCCCAGGGAUCACCCCGAGGCCACGCUCGCCGCCGAGCCCAGAGCAGCCACAUACAGCAGCAGACGCCGUCGGUGAGAACCCAGAGCCGGUGGUAACUGGCCCAGCGCAGAAUGUGUCAAACCCCGCUUCUGAUCCCCCAUCGCUGCUGCUAAAGGGGAGCGAGCCCCCCUCCGCCUUUCGCCCAGCGCCAUGGUGGGGCAGAGCCCCCUGGACCCCAGCGAGAGCAGGACCGCCAUCCUCCUGGAGCCCUUCGUCCACCAGGUGGGCGGCCACGUGAGCGUGAUGAAGUACGAUGAGCACACCGUCUGCAAGCCCUUGGUCUCGCAGGAGCUGAGCUUCUACGAGUCGCUGCCCUUGGCCAUGAGGCAGUUCACGCCCCAGUACAAAGGCGUUGUUUCUGUGCACCUCAAAAAGGACAGCCUCGGCAACCUGACCCUGAUCGCCAGCCCCAGCCUGCAGGCGGAGAGCUGUGGCCGGCUGGAUAACGCCAUCGGCGACCCCUCGGUGACGAUAUGGCACAAAUGCAAGUGGGCUGCCAGCACCGGCACUGGCAGCGAGCACGCGUUCGUCAAGUGGAGUCACACACAGCUCACCAAGACCUUCAAAGACAGCUGCCCAGGGAAGGUGCUAUUGAGGACAGACCUUCAGUACCACACAGAUUCACUUUUGGAAGAUGCAAACCGAAACCAGCCAGAAAGAAACAGCUACAACCCCUGGGGACUGCACUGUCACAGGCAGCACCUGAACCGCAUGUCCUCCAAGCAUAAUGAGAACAAACUUCAUCAGUUUCUAUUGCUUGAAAAUGUGGUAUCAAAAUACAGCUAUCCCUGCAUCCUGGACUUAAAGAUGGGAACCCGGCAGCACGGCGAUGAUGCCUCGGAGGAGAAGAAAGCCCGGCACAUCAAGAAGUGUGAACAAAGCACCUCUGCCUCUCUGGGCGUUCGCAUCUGCGGGAUGCAGGUUUACCAAGCGGACACUGGCCAUUUUCUCUGCAAGGAUAAGUAUUACGGCAGGAAACUCUCACCGGAGGGAUUCAGGCAAACCUUGCGCCAGUUCCUGUGCAACGGUAACCACCUCCGAACAGAUCUCCUGGAGCCCAUCAUCCUGCGGCUAAAAGCUCUGCUUUCUGUCAUUAGGAAGCAGAGCUCUUACAGGUUCUACUCCAGCUCACUUCUCAUCAUUUAUGAUGGACAGGAGCACAAGGAGAACAUGGCACCCUUGGAUAACCACCUUCACUUCCAAAAAACAAACUGCACCACGUCACAGGGCACUCAUCACUCCAGAGUUGACGUCCGCAUGAUAGACUUUGCCCACACCACUUUUAAAGGCUCCAAAUGCAAUCACACCACUUACGACGGGCCAGACCACGGCUAUAUUUUUGGCCUGGAGAAUCUCAUCAAAAUCCUUCAGAAUAUCUCAGAAGGAAAAUGACAAAUCCUGCAAAAUAGUCUGGAUUUAUUAGUGACCGAUAGCCCUGAAAAGUACCACGCUGGGUCAGUUGUAUGGGACCCUCACAGCUGCUGGACGUCACAUGCUCGGUUUGGAAUGAGAGCAUGGGCAGCUUGCUAGGAAAGUGCAAAAAACGCUACGUGCUAUUACUGAACUCAAGCGUAAAAAGCAAAGAGCUGAAAGAACCCGUUCUCUCUGCAAUCAAUCAGAAGAUUUAUUUUCCUUUCUUGUUUUACUGCUGUCCUUGAUUUAUUUGUGAGCCAAAAGAAAGCAUUACUUGAAAGAGUCUUAAUGAUAAAAUAGGACCUGCUCACCUCUACACUCACGAAGCCGAGCAGGCUAAGGAGAUAUUGUGCAUUUGAGUGAGACUAUUAAAAUGAGCUGGCAGGUCUGAACAGAUUGCAGCGUGACUUUCAACUCAUGCUCAACGCCACGGGCUGAACGCAAAGACACAAGCAGGAGAGAAAAAAAAACCCGCACACCCUGACAUUCACGCUCCACGUGCCCAGCGCUGCGAGACGGUCUGGUGUUCUCCGUACAGCGCGGGCGUACGAGAUGCUGCAGGGGUUCUGCGCUGCUUAAGGUGUAAAAGCACGGGGACCUCAGACCAAGAACUGGACCUUGCAAAGGUUUAAUAUCCCUGCAGGAUUAUAACAGGGCAUGUUUCAGAAACUUUCUAAGCAAGGGGCUCCGUAGGGGCUGGAAGUAUGGGAAUGCGACGAUUCUGUCAGGUAUCAGUCACAAAAAACAUUCACAUCAAGGUAUUUUUGCUUAAAAAAAUUUAAAAAUUAAAAAAAAGUAUAAGAUUGAGUCAGGGACUAGACAUUAAAGGUCACCCAGAAAUUCUUUGAUACAAAUAUUGUGUGUGUGUUUGGAAGAGAGAAUAACAAAAGACUCAGAAUAAUGUUUACAGCUUUUGUGGACAGAUUUUGUUAUUACGGAACAAACAUAAUUCCUUCCUGCACGGUGUGGGAAACCUGAAAGAGAAGUCUUUACACAAGGAAUAGAGGUACAGGACCCCAUUACUGGGGAGUGGGGAUAUAAAUAAAAUUGUCUAAGUAACUCUCA